AUGGCCGUUGACCGCUGUGUGGCCAUCUGUAAACCCCUGCACUACAUGAGCAUCAUGAACCGGCGGGUCUGCAGUGUGUUGGUAGCUCUAGCCUGGGUAGCGUCCUGUGUGCAUUCUUUAGUUCAGAUUUUCCUGACCUUGCGUUUACCUUUCUGUGGUCCCAAUGUGAUUGAUCACUAUUUAUGUGACUUGCAGCCCUUGUUGAAACUUGCCUGUACAGACACCUAUGUGACCAACCUACUACUGGUGUCCAAUAGUGGGGCCCUUUGCAUAAUGAGCUUUGUGGUGCUGAUGUUCUCCUAUGUUAUCAUCUUGCAUUCUCUGAGAAACCACAGUGCUGAAGGGAGGAGAAAAGCCCUUUCCACCUGCAUCUCCCAUGUCACCGUAGUCAUCUUGUUCUUUGUUCCCUGUAUAUUUAUAUAUACACGCCCCGCAACCACCUUCUCCACGGAUAAGAUGAUAACUGUGUUUUAUACAAUUGGAACACCUUUGCUUAACCCUCUGAUUUAUACGUUGAGAAAUGCUGAGGUGAAAAAUGCCAUGAGGAAGCUAUGGAGCAAGAAACUGAUCUCAGAAGACUGA